CAACAGUCAACAUUGGUGUGCCAGUGUCACCAGAGAGAAGAAGACGAUCAUCAAUUCUACCAUUUCGAACGCACAUAUUGAAAGAUUACAAACCCAACUCGAAUCUGAACCGAACCAAACUAGAUCCGAAAUAAAUUAAAAAGUCGGUUCGUAUUUACAAAUAUUGAAAGAUCCGAAAUCCGAUUGGGCCGAUUUUGGUAAACGCCCAUAAAGGCCCGGUAAAAUCUUAUCUUCCCCUAACUCAUAACGAUAUUGAUUUUGAAUUUUGAAAAGAAGCGGAAGCAAGAGCGAGCGAGAGAGAGAGAGAGACAGAGAGUGAUUUCUGCGGAGAUGGAGGAUUCAGGAGCGAUUCUAUGUCAGAUCUCCAUUUUCAAGGACAUGCUUGAUCAGGUCAAUCGGGAAAUCGAAGCAAACAUUCAGGUGACGCGAGAGAUCGAAUCACAGAUCGGAGCGUGUUCUGAGAUUGAAUCUUCUCUGUCUCUCAAGGAACCUGAGCUUACUAGAUCGUUCCUUGCUUCUCAAUUCGAGAUCAGCGGUUUGAUCUCCGUUACAGCUGAUUCAAGAAACUCUCUGAAGCUAUUGGAGGAUGAGAUUUGUUGCUUAAGAAGUGAGCACAGUGAGCUAAUUACAAAGACUAACCGAGAAGCGGGAAGGGUUUGUGAAGAUGUGUUUUGGAUUCCAAAGAGAGAUUGAAGACAGUGAAUUCAGGAGUUUAUUGGCUGAGAAGGAGCGUCUGGAAAACGAAGUUCGGAUGUUGGAAGAGAAGAACAUGGAUGUGAAGAACUCUAUUUUGGCUUACAUGGAAGAUGAAAUGAUGAAUCUAUUAUCUGAUUAGUGUUUCUGGAAAUAUGAAACUUUUAGCCAUUGGCUUCGAAUCUAAG